ACAUACACCAAAAAUACUGAAUUGCGUUCGGAAAUAUGGUUCAGUAAAGUAAGAAACCUGAGCGUUGCCACAACAAAAGCUAUCCUGAUCGAAUGAGGAAAAAAUGGGUCGAAACUACGUGAACAACCAGGCUUAUCCAGCCAAGAAAUCCAAGUCAAAGAAGAACCCGGCCCCGGUUGCAUCCUACACCCAAAACACCCAUCAAUCCCUAAAUGAUCCCCUGGUCCUAAUGAGAAGCAUCUUCGAGAUCGAGCGGUUCAAUCACACCCGAGUGUUGAACAUGAACAAAGACUCGGACACGUGCUUGUUCUUGAACCCCGCGCAACAAGUGGAAGCUUGGAAAGGCAAUCUUGAGCUUCUAGUCGACACCACCCCUACGGCUGUGAUGUACUUCAUGGAAUUGUUCAAUCGAUGCAUAUUCGUGGAUCAAAUCACGUUCCAAUUCGAUCCCACCCCCUACUUGAGGACUGGUGUGAGGGCGUUCAACAUUCAGGAGAUGAUCAAAUUGGCUCACGUAUUUGUGGCAUGCACAAAUUCGGCGCCAAGGAUGGAUAUUCGACAACUGCCGAGCCUCCUCAUUCUCGACCCAUGUCCGCGAUAUCCUGAAAUUAGAAAGAACGUUGUGGACAAUACAGUGGACAAUGAGUCCGAGGUGGACUUGAAUCAGCCGAUGGAUUUCAAUUCGAUGGUUCCCCACUUGUUUGGAUUGUUAGACGAUCAAUCGCUAAUUGAAGCGGAUUUCAACAGGAUGGCCUUCUUUGAACACGAGCACCAUUUGGAGGAAAUGAGGAAUCGUAAUAUGGAGAAAAAUGAUCUCUGGUCGGCCUGUAAAUGUAUUAGAGCAUUUCAAUGUGAUUGUGCCCUACUUAUCCGCGAUCAGUUGAGCUUUUCUUGGGACAUUCAUCGAUUGCUUCCGCCAAUUCUGCGAGAGAUUCCCUUAUACGAGUUCCGAGUGGGGACAAUGCUUUAUGAAGAAAAGGCAAAACUUCCUCUUCGACCCAAAUCUUGCACCAAGUGUCUCCUACCCUUGAAGUUUUGUAAAGAAUGCCCCUGCCUGCCAAUGUCUCAAGUGAUGAACAAGACUUACGCGGAAAGAUACCUAAAAUAUAGUACCACCCAAGAGAGAUUGGAAAGUAGCAUCCCGAGAUUCAUCAACACUAUUGAAGCCAACACAACCCUUACCAUGUCCCAAUUGGAAGUAUUCAAAGACCUUGCCAUUUGCGAUACUCUCUUUUUGUUCAAGGAGUUCGCGUAUCUUUUGGCCUUGAUCAAGGGUGCCCCCUGUUCCGUGAAUAACGGCGACAAGAUCGGAAUGAGCCGACCUUUUGAUGCCGUGAUCAAUGUCCGGAAUACUUUUGCUCUCAUCAUGCCAUUCUUUACCAGUUUCACACCCUUCUUUAUUUUGGAUGCAGAUAGUUGCGAAAGUUUCCGAGGGCAGUUCAUCCAAGAUAAAUUCGAACGCUUGGGAGUGCAGCUCUCCGACAUUUCGGCCUUCAUUGCGGAAGAAGUCGAGGCGCUUACCCAUUACUUUGGGAAAUGGGAUAUUCUCGAGAUUCACGCCAAUAUCCAACGACUUGUGUUCCACCCAUGGACAGAUACAAUCGGAUUAGACGCUCGCGAUACUUUCGAGCAGUAUCAGCGAUCAUUCCACAUCCGCUGGAUUCUUUGUCUUCUAUGGGAAAAGACCUCCAUCAUGAUGAGAACGGUGGGGAAAUUAAUCGCUAUUACAGCCAUGACUUGGAGUAAUCACCCGUUUCACACAUCCAACAUUGGACCGGUAUUUCCAAGCGGAAGUGGUCCAAAAGUGAUGAAUCAAUUGUCGGAUAUGGUUGAAUUCGUGAAGAAUACAUCAAGAGACUUGAGGCUGUUGAAGGAACAAAUGUACUACGUCGAGUCCACCCGGAAGACGUCGUUUUUUGACUUCGAUCAUGAACACGAGGAUCUGAUCAAGGUCCUGAAUGACCUCGAAAAUAGCUGUUCCUUUUGUGGAUUGCCAGCUUCUCAGAAGUGUCAGGCUUGCCAUAUCGCCCGAUAUUGUACCAAGAAAUGCUGGAAGAAAUGGUGCAAGACCCACGAGCUGAUCUGCGACAAAGAUUGGAGCGAAUCAUUUAAAAAGUUCUUAGGCCUCAACUAUGAAGAUGUUAUGUCCACUACUUAUGAAGGCCAGCCCGAAUCCGAGUUGAAGGCUGUGGUUGCCAUCACCGAAGUGUCUCCGCGCUCAAAGCGAAUUUUUGAGACGAUCGAAGAAGAUGUGAUCCUCACGCCCAAAAAUGGGCUACAAUUUCUCCAAGACUUGAAGGUGACGAGAACCAUCAAUGAGGAAAUGAUUGCAGCGUGCAUGAAGCAAAAACUGCAUGAACUAGAUCACGGUAAACCGAUCUUCAUGCCUCCCCAUCAUCAACACUGUUGUAUGCCUAUUAUCUAGGCAAAAGCACAAUGAAAUUGAUUGCGAAUAAAUCAGCUGUAACAAAUGAACCCCUGUAA